AUGGCAAGAUCAAUGUUAGAUGAAGCCAAGUUACUUGAUAUGUAUAGGAAGGAAGAUGUUCAUAUAGCAAUUUACACUUUGCAUAUAGCUCAAUUGAGGGUCAAAACCAAGUAUACUCCAUAUGAAUUGUGGUUUGGUAAGCCUGUAUCUGUUAAGCACUUUAGAUUUUUUGGUAGCAAAUGCUUUAUUAAAAGACAUGAUGAAAGCUUAGGAAGUUUUGAAUCACUCUGUGAUGAUGGUAUAGUUUUGGAUUAUUCCUCACAUAGUAAGGCAUAUAAGUGCUUUAACAAAAGGUUGAAAAGAAUUAUUGAAAGUGCUCAUGUUAAAGUUGAUGAGAAAGUGCAGGUUAAUCAAGAAAUGCAGGUGGAUAAAGAUACUCUUGGAGAAGUUGAAAAGGAAAGUAUUGAAUCAUUUUCUGAAAUUGAAAUAGAAGUAGUUAAAGAAGAAAAGGGAACAUCAAAUGAAUCAUUGGAGGCCUGCAUAGCCAAGAAAGAACAAGCAUUUUUAGAGGGAAAACAAAUCCACACGCACAUCAACGAAAGAGCAUUUCCAUUUAGUGCAAGCAUACUCCUACAAAAUACCAUUAUCAACCUGUAUGAUAAGUGUGUAAGUCUAUUUGAUGCGCGGAAAGUGUUUGACGAAAUACCUCAACCAAAUAUAUUUUCAUGGAACAUGAUAAUUGCAGCUUACAAAAGACAUGGACUUCCUCAAGAGGCAUUGACAUUGUUUCACCAAAUGCAAGUUCCUAAAGGUUAUCUCCGUAUUGGUCAAUCUUCCUCAAACCUUUGGCCUUUUGGCCGAACAGGUGUACAACCUGAUCAUGGUGUUGUUGAUGAGGCUUUGACGAUUUUUGAAGAGAUGCCUCAGAGAGAUUUGGUCUCAUGGACUGCUAUGAUUGUAGGUUAUGCUCAAAAUGGGCUUGCUGACAAGGCUUUGGAAUUUUUUGAGAAAAUGGAAUUGGCAGGUGUAAGGCCAGACUCAUCAACCUUUGCCACUAUUCUUUUAGUUUGUGCCAAGAUUGGAGUUUUGGAUCAAGGUAUGAAGAUACAUCAACGAAUAGCUGAAUGUGGAAUUUAUCUGGUUGUAGUUGUGACUGCCUUGGUAGACAUGUAUGCAAAAUGCGGAAGCAAAGACGAAACCAACACAUGA